UGCUCGCCCUACGCAGCCCACCUCUACGACGCUGAGGACCCAUCCACACCCUUGCGGACGGUGCCCGGGCUCUGCGAAGACUACUGUCUGGACAUGUGGCAGACAUGCCGGAGCCUGUUCCGCCACCUCUCCACUGACCAUGAGCUCUGGGCACUGGAGGGCAACCAGGCUAAAUUCUGCCACUACCUGGCCCUGGAUGAUGUGGACUACUGCUUCCCACGCCUGUUGGUCAAUGAGAACCUCAACUCCAACCUGGGCCAGGUGCGGGCGGAUGCCAAGGGCUGCCUGCAGCUCUGCCUGGAGGAGGUGGCCAAUGGACUGCGCAACCCUGUGGCCAUGGUCCAUACAAGGGACGGUACCCACCGCUUCUUCGUGGCUGAGCAGGUGGGGCUGGUGUGGGCCUACCUGCCGGACCGCUCGAGGCUCAAGAAGCCCUUUCUGAACAUCAGCCAGGCGGUGCUCACUUCGCCAUGGGAGGGUGAUGAGCGGGGCUUCCUGUGCUUGGCCUUCCACCCCCGUUUCCAGCACAACGGCAAGCUCUAUGUCUACUACUCUGUGGGGAUCGGCUUUGAUGAGUGGAUCCGCAUCAGUGAGUUCAAGGUCUCUGCGGAUGACAUGAACACUGUGGACCACAGCUCUGAGAGGAUAAUCCUGGAAAUCGAAGAACCAGCUUCGAACCAUAACGGCGGCCAGCUACUCUUUGGGGACGACGGGUACCUCUACAUCUUUACCGGGGAUGGCGGGAUGGCUGGAGACCCCUUUGGAAAGUUUGGAAAUUCCCAAAACAAGUCGGCGUUGCUGGGCAAGGUGCUGCGCAUCGACGUGGAGGGCUCAGAGCGUGGCCGGCCUUACCGCAUCCCGCCAGACAACCCGUUCGCCCACGACCCCGCCGCGCGGCCCGAGGUCUAUGCCCUGGGCGUGCGCAACAUGUGGCGUUGCUCCUUUGAUCGCGGCGAUCCCGCGACGGGCGCGGGCCGCGGGCGCCUCUUCUGCGGUGACGUGGGCCAGAACAAGUUCGAGGAGGUAGACCUGGUGGAACGCGGCCGGAACUACGGCUGGCGUGCACGGGAGGGUUUCGAGUGCUACGACCGAAAGCUGUGUGCCAACGCCUCCCUGGACGAUGUGCUGCCCAUCUUCGCCUACCCCCACAAGAUGGGCAAGUCAGUCACUGGGGGCUAUGUGUACCGGGGCUGCGAGUACCCCAACCUGAACGGCCUCUACAUCUUCGGGGAUUUCAUGAGUGGGCGUCUGAUGUCCCUCCGGGAGAACCCAGGCACAGGUCAGUGGAAAUACAGUGAGAUCUGCAUGGGUCAUGGCCAGACCUGUGCCUUCCCAGGCCUCAUCAACAACUACCACCCCCACAUCAUCUCCUUCGCAGAGGAUGAGGCUGGGGAGCUGUACUUCAUGUCCACGGGGGUGCCAAGUGCAACAGCUGCACACGGAGUCGUCUAUAAAGUGGUCGACCCCUCCAGACGGGCACCGCCGGGCAAAUGUCAGAUUCAGCCUGCUCAGGUCAAGGUGAAGAGCAGCCUCAUCCGAUUCGUGCCUAAAGAAAAAUUCAUCCAGAGGACCAAGAGCACCCCACGGCCUACAGUGCGCACGCCCACCAAGGCACCCCGUCGGAAUCGCCCCACGGCAGCCGCGCCUGCACCCACACCACGGCCGGCCCGGCCCACGCGGCGGUCCGGGGGUCGGAGGGACGGCGGGAGGCGGCGGGGGCGGCCGAGCGUGGAGAGUCCCACGCCCCUGAAGGGAGCCGUGCGCUUGGUGAGGCCUGCGGGCCUGCGCGCGGGCAGCGGGCGUGUGGAGGUGUUUGUGGGCGGACGCUGGGGCACGGUGUGCGACGAUGCUUGGGACUCCAAGGCAGCUACCGUGGUGUGCCGUCAGCUGGGCUUUGCGCAUGCUGUGCGUGCGGUAAAGCGAGCUGAGUUCGGCGAGGGCAGGACGCUGCCCAUCCUGCUGGACGAUGUGCGCUGUGCUGGCGGCGAGCGCAACCUACUGGAGUGCUCACAUGCCGGCGUGGGCAAACACAACUGCGGCCACCAGGAGGACGCUGGCGUCGAGUGCAGCAACGAAGACCCCAACAUCUAG